GUUUUAUUACAUUUAAAAAAUGUUCUUUUAGUUUGUGUCAAUGUACUAUACAACGUUAUUAAAAGCGUAUGGUUCAUGGCAAAGUAAAAGUUAAGUUUUGUGAUUAGUUUUAUAAACAUUUUAUAUAUAAGUAGGAUUAAUCAUCGGUGCACUAAACAAAUCAUUUAUAAAAAUAUAAAUACGGUGGAACGAUAUUUAUUAUAAAAAGUGAAUAGAGGAAAUAAAAAUUAGCGUAAUAAAGUGAAAAAUGGCAUUAAUUAGAAGAGCAACUCAUGCUGGUAGUUGGUACGCAGGUUCUGGAUUGGACUUAAAUAAACAAUUAGAAGGUUGGUUGGGUGCAGCAGACUUAUCACAUGGACCUGCUAGGGCAAUAAUUGCCCCACAUGCAGGUUACAGCUAUUGUGGAGCAUGUGCUGGUUUUGCAUACCGCCAGAUUAGUCCUGUUGUAGUGCGCAGGAUUUUUAUUCUUGGUCCAUCACAUCAUGUCAGAUUAGCAGGCUGUGCUCUUUCUUCUGCAUCGAUUUAUCAAACUCCAUUGUAUGAUCUACAUAUUGAUCAGCAAGUGUACAGAGAACUUGAAGAGACUAGACAUUUUGAGUGGAUGGAUUUAAACACAGAUGAAGAAGAACAUAGCAUUGAAAUGCAAUUGCCAUUUAUUGCAAAAGUUAUGGAAGGGUUUAAAGAUUCUUUCACAAUAAUUCCUAUACUAGUGGGUUCAUUAAGUCCAGAAAAAGAAGCACUCUAUGGAAGAUUAUUAGCACCAUAUAUGGCUGAUCCACAAACAUUACUUGUUAUAUCUUCGGAUUUCUGUCAUUGGGGACAGCGUUUUCGUUAUACCUAUUACGAUAGAUCCUGUGGCCCCAUUUAUAGAUCUAUUCAAAAUCUUGAUAAAAUGGGUAUGGACAUUAUAGAAACAUUAAAUCCCACAAUGUUUACCGAUUAUCUUAAAAAAUAUGGUAAUACAAUAUGUGGCCGACAUCCUAUUAGUGUUCUUUUACAGGCAAUUCACACUUUAAAAGGGAAUACUAAUGGCCAAAGAAUGAACUUGAAGUUUCUUAAAUAUGCUCAAAGCAAUCAGUGCAAUAAUAUGAAUGAUAGUUCUGUUAGUUAUGCCAGUGCUUCCUUGGUUCUUGAGUGAUACAGUAUACACUUUUAUUAUUGUUCAGAGGAUUUGCAGAAAGAAAGUACUAAAAAAAAAAAA